AUGACUUCCAAUUACACAUACUCAUUCUUCCGCAUCCCCAAGACAGACGGAAUCGACAUCUCUGCCCAAAAAUAUCGAGAUCUACGCUUGAAAGCCCUUCAAGCCUCACCCCACUCCUUCUCAUCCACCUACGCGAUUGAAGCAGCCUUCACCGAUACCGAAUGGAUCGAACGCCUAACUCUUCCCGGUCGCGAAGUCUUCAUCUGUGCCGCAACCCCAGUCAACCACGACCAAUCACGUCCCGAUGACAUCCAAUGGAUCGGCCAAGUCACCUUGCGAGGACCCGCAUCCAGCGCUGAUUUUGAAUUGCCCGCGGAAGCUGCGCAGCCUCCCCAGAAAUCCGAUGACGAGGAAGAGCGGUGGCAGAUGCUGAGUCUGUUUACCCUUCCAGAUCACCGCGGUCAAGGCCUUGGAGGCAAACUGUGCAAAGAAGCUAUUGAAUAUCUUCGGUCAUAUCAGUCAUCUCCUCCGAAUAUUCAAGUGCGUCUCAUCGUGAAGGCGGGUAAUGAUGUUACGGUGGAGUUGUACCGGCGUCUUGGGUUCAUUCACGCUGGGAAGGCGACUCUUGUGGAAGCGAUGAUUGCAAAUGGCGAUGAGCACCUUAUUCCCAAAGAUUCUAUUCCUCCCAGGUUCUUUGAAAGGGGAGGGUUGAUUAUGCUGUCUCGUAUAUCGCGCUCAUAG